AGAACUACAACCACAAUCAUGACCAUGGGCAAGAUUAUCUUCUACGAGGACAGGAACUUCCAGGGUCGUUCCUAUGAGUGCAUGAGCGACUGCCCUGACAUGCACUCCUACCUCAGCCGCUGCCACUCCUGCAGGGUGGAGAGCGGUUGCUUCAUGGUCUACGACCGUCCCAACUUCAUGGGUAACCAGUACUUCAUGAGGAGGGGCGAGUACUCUGACUACAUGCGCAUGAUGGGCAUGAGCGACUGCAUCAGAUCUUGCCGCAUGAUCCCCAUGCACAGAGGACAGUUCAGAAUGAGGAUCUAUGAGAGGGAGAACUUCGGUGGACAGAUGAUGGAGCUGAUGGACGACUGUGACUCCAUCAUGGACCGCUACCGUAUGUCUGACUGCCAGUCCUGCCAUGUUAUGGAUGGCCACUGGCUCAUGUAUGAGCAGCCCCACUUCAGAGGCAGAAUGAUGUACAUGAGGCCUGGCGAGUACAGAAGCUUCAGGGAGAUGGGAAUGAACAACAUGAGGUUCAUGAGCAUGAGGCGCAUCAUGGAUUCAUGCAUGUAAACUGUUAAAUCUGUAGAAAUAACUGCUUCUGCUUGAUUUAAACUAUUUUUUUUCUACAUGCAGUAAUACAGAAAUAAUGUUCAUCUGGCAUUUAAAUAAAUAAAC